CACCAUGCGACCAGCAGGGGACGGGCCAAUCAAGAAGAGCACGUUGAUGACUCAGAACGGUACUGCGCUUGGAUUACAGGAGGGAAAGAAAGGCCGGAGAGCAAUAUUGUAGACUGUGUUGAUUUAAUUUAGUUUCUUGUCCUGCCUCACGUUUUAUUUCCUCCUUGUUUCAGCGAGUUACAUUUGAGUUACAUUUGAGUUACAUUUGAGUUGUUGGUGAAGUCGCGUUGAAGAACUUCUGCGAGGUAGCCAUGUCAGUUACGGAGAUGUUUAGCUACAUCCAGGGCUUUUUAACUGCAGAUCAAGAUAUUCGCGAGGACAUAAGAAAAGUUGUCCAAACACUCGAGCAGACCGCCAGGGAGAUUCUCACCAUCCUUCAAAGUGUCCAUCAACCAAGUGGGUUCAAAGAUAUUCCCAGCAAGUGUCUGAAGGCCAGGGAGCUGUUUUGCAUGGUUCAAACCCAAAUUGGUGAGCUGAAAACAAAGUUCCCUGUGGAACAGUAUUACAGGUUUCAUGAGCACUGGAGGUUUGUUCUGCAGCGCCUUACGUUUCUUGCCGCUUUUGUGGUCUAUUUGGAGAGCGAGUCCUUGGUGACACGAGAGGAGGUGGCAAAAAUACUCGGAAUUGAAGUGGACAGAGAAAAAGGAUUCCAUCUGGACCUUGAAGAUUAUCUAGCGGGGAUUCUUAUUAUGGCCAGUGAACUGUCAAGGUUGGCAGUCAACAGUGUAACAGCUGGAGACUACGGGCGCCCUCUUCGUAUCUCAGAUUUCAUCAACAAACUUGAUUCUGGUUUUCGCCUGCUAAAUCUGAAAAACGACCCGCUCCGUAAACGCUACGAUGGUCUCAAGUAUGACGUGAAGAAGAUUGAGGAGGUAGUGUAUGAUCUGUCAAUCCGGGGCCUUGCCAAGGAGCAGGAAGCCGGGGGAGAUAAGUAGAGGUAGGAGAGGAACUAAAGAGGCCGUGGGGCAAAUACCCUGGCUGGGAUUCUCCAUGAGUGCAAGAGUGGAGACUUAACCUGCCAGUGGGCAGGCAUGUGGAGGAAGAGAAGAUCAGAUGGAAGUGUUGAAGCCCCUGUAGCCUUUGACAGUGGUGUGGAGUUUGUAGCCAGCUGUCUCCCCUAGUGGAACGCUGUUUGGGCCUGAUUAAAAAAAUGGGAGAAGCGGUGUUUCUCACUGCUGUUGAGAAGUUUACUCAUGUACAGUUCAUCUGUAUGCUUGGUUGGAUGUGCCAUUUUGCUGUUCUUUAUUGUUCUGUGCUGGUCAUUGCACUUGUAAAGCAUUGUAUAAAUAUUGGACUUGGUUGACACUAGGUUGAGGUGAUUUUAAAAAUACUUAGUUUUCUUCUCAAUAUCACAGAGGUCUGUAAUAUAAUAGUACUACAAGUGAACGUGGCCUACAGGGUUUUUUUUUUUUUUGGACAGUUUUUAAAUAUGUACUAAGGUGUGUGUGUGUGUGUGUGUGUGUGUGUGUAUAUGCUUAAACCAUACUUCAGAAUUGACUAGAGGGGAGGAAAAUUAAUGAUGAACCUAAACUACACAAAACUGCUGCUUUGGGAAAAAAAAACCCUGCUUUUUAUCAUUUUUUAAAUUUUUUUCGACAUAUUCUGUUUUUCUUUCAGUACCUACAGACAUAUUCACAGGAAUAGAGGUGCACAUCUAUCAGAGCCCCAAAUCUUAGACUUUGAUAUGAAGAAUAUUUCUGCUAAAAAUGUUUUGCAAGUUUAUGCUGUAUGGUGAUUGACAAGAGGAUUCUUGGAAGAGCAAAAAUAUUCUUUAAUGAAGGCGACAGUACUGCCUUAUUUUUACAAUCCUGUCAGUGUGCUUCUGCUGUCAUGACCUCAAUUAGUUACAUUUUUCAAAACUUCUUAAUAAAUAAUGUUAGACUAUUGCAUGUUCUAUAUUGUCUGAAGACAGCAGUUUUGCAAAAAUCCACUUCUCAUAGUCAUCAAAUGCAAAGUUUUUUUUUUUUUUAAUCAAUUAUUGUUUGCCUGUUUCAUUGGUAUGUAAUGUUGAGCUAUACAUGUGAGCAUGUGAUUAGCCUGCUUUAUAAAUGUAUGCCUAAGUACUGUUUGACACAACACAUGAAGUACCUAUUUUGACUUCAACAUUAGUCCAAAGUUGUCAGUAGUAAUAAUAUGCACCUGUUUCCUCAUGGAAUGUCUGGUAUAUUACCACUGAAUUGACUUAUGAGUCUCUCUCUCUCUCUCUCUGAUGUUUCAAAACAUUGUGUAAUAAAGUGCAUCACAAACAAACCAUUUUGAGUAAACAAGUAGCCAAUGAAAAGAUCAGUUUGCUUGUUUUUGUUCAUUUAUAUUUAAUAUAAUUCACCAAUUUGUACACAUGGAAAAUAUUAAAUUAGGUUUUGUAAAUAAAGAAAAGAACAGCAUGUCUGGUCUCAGUUAAAAGAAUGACUUUAUGUAGUGAGUUAAAACCCCCUUUCUAUUGAGUAAUAUACUGUAGAAGCUUCAAUGUUUGCUGUGCCAAUGAUGAUUCAUUUUUGUAUUGAAAAACAAAAUUCUACCUCCAUAGGCAUAUAUUAACAAUUCAUGUAUCAGUGCCAAUACUAACCUAAAUUACAGAAGAAAUUUCUGAACUUUAUUGAAAUGCUGAUUAGAAAAUUAUAAUUUAAA